UCUAACAGUCCGUCAAAUGCAAACAGAAGUGGCGGUGCGUCGACUGCAUUUUCCAAAUCCUCCCAGUUUCUGAUUCGCGGUUCCCUGAUGUCUUCCACUUCAGCACCUUCAGGUAGCUCAUUGCAACAAUCUGAAAAGAAAGGACUGACGCAUGUCAGCGCGAGCAUAUCCUUCAUCCUGAUCUUUGUCUUUGUGGGCUUGCCCGUGUGGUGGAAAACGACAACGGUGUACAGGGUGAACCUCCCAUACGAUGAAAUCGAGACACUCAGCACACAGGAGGCUGCACAUCAUAUAAACAUAGAAGUAGUGCCAUGUGAUGCUAGUUCUCCAGUUCACGAAGGAUUUAUCAAGCGCCUUGAGGAAGCCAGCAAUCAAGAUGCAGCAGACCUCCCUGAAGUCAGCUUCGUGUAUAAAUGGACCAUACGAGAACCCCAUCAGAAUGAAACAACGCUUUUUACAAAACCGCUUUCUGAUGUCGAUGAAAUACUCCACAGGACGGAUCUCUUCAGGUCUCAGGACCAGCUGUAUGUUGUUAUAGUUCCUGAAGGAAGUGCUCAUGAGUCGAUCACUAUUGGAUUGCACCAGAUCAUAUACGUUAAGGCAAAUAAGGAUGUUGGUGUCUUAUGCAACAACAUCGUCAGUGCUGUGAAGCGGUACUGCCGUCAGGAGGGCAUGCUGAAGAGAUUACACACAUCACACAAGGUUACUGAACGAGCAAAGCUUGACAAGGAACGCAUGAGGCCCUUGAGCGCAGCCACAGAGUUUGACGUGACGUUCACACUUGUUGUUCCCGAGCCACAGACCCUGGAUGUCUCGUGGCGAAUAGAGGACGCAGUCGAGGUGUACUUGAAGCCAUUUCUGGACAAGAUCUCACUGGUUGCCAAGGUGCACGUCAGAAGUCAGGUGUUGUUUCUCACUUCACUUAAAUUGAGGCGACACUUCAACCAGAGCGCCAAUGCAUACGUGGCAACAGCUGACCAACUUUCGCUGAUCAUAAACCCAAUCGAAGGAAGCACCGGAUUUCAAGCAUCAAUUCAUCCCGUUCUCAAUUUCGUGGUCUACGUGGUGCCUCAAACUCAUUAUCCACUCUACAUAUAUGACGACCAAGGCAACCAGUUGGAAACCAACUCUUUCCUGUCCCCCAAGUGGGGUGGGGUUCUGUUCUACAACGUCGCCAAGUUUCCGGGUCCCGGCGAUGCCCUGCCUCAGCCCGUGGAGAUUGAUAUGCGCUCGGUAUUUCAAGUGUUCCUGGCCCAGCUCAGCCUUCUCGUUGGUCUGCCCGACAAGAGCUACGAUAAAGUAGUGCACUACUUGGACAGCCCUGUGCCUUCAUAUUUGGACGUAGCAUUCCUUCUUAGGCGCAGGACGCAGGACUACCUGUCCACUUCAAGCUCUUCUCUGAAGUCUCUCUCAGAGUUGCUCAGCAAGAUCUCCAAUAUCGUAGUCAAGGACAUUUAUUCAUCUGUAUCGCACGCAAAGCAUAGUUUCGAUCUCUUGAACAAAGGAGACCUGGAGAAUGCCUUUCAAAAUGCUGAAGCUGCAUUCUUGGCCUCUGAGAAAGCCUUCUUCGAUCCCUCGCUGUUGGCUCUCCUGUACUUUCCCGACGAUCAAAAAUACGCCAUCUACAUUCCUCUGUUUCUGCCCAUCAGUCUACCAGUUGUGAUGUCGAUACGUGGCCUAUGGACUUAUUACAGGAACAGAAAAACAAGGAAGACAGAGAAGCAAUACUAAACGGUGUUGCUUGAAGAACACGUAGAUUAAGUUAUUUCGACUGCCGCUGUAAAUUAUGUUAAAUAUACGCUUAAUCAACGCUUUUGUAUAUGCCAUAUAUUAGUGUGGUUGCUUGCUUAUUGUCUAUUUACUUGUUACUUGAAAAAUGAGUAAACAGAUUGGCAGCCUUGCGAGAUAAAGAUGAUAUAUGCGCAUAACAUGUGCUAAGGUUGCGACAGGGUCAUCAAAAAGGGAACUUCACUGCACUGGUACUGCUAAUUCAUUAGGUGAUAUGUGUGUAUGAUUGUAUCUCUACAAAAAUUUUAGACACAAUAGCCUGCAGAAUUGCCAUCAGAUUGCACUCAAACUUCAUAACUUGCAUUUUACAAGAAAAUAAGUUUGUUAUAUCCAAAAAUUCGUUAUAAAGGUUUAUUUUAACCC